AUGAAUGAUACGUUACAAAAUUCAUCUACGAAUUCAAAUACAUCGACAAUAUUUGUCGAAAAAUUAGUACAGAAAAUAAUUCUUGGUUGUAUACUCUCUAGUGUAUCAGUACUUACUGUUUGUGGAAAUAUUUUAGUACUUCAUGCUAUACGUACAGAAAAAUAUUUACGAACUGUUUCAAAUUUAUUUAUACUUAGUUUAACAUUUGCUGAUUUAGCUGUUGGUCUGUUUGUUAUGCCUUUAAAUGCAGCUAAUAUCAUCGCUGGUCGAUGGCCAUUUUCUUCUCUUCUAUGUAAAUUAUGGUUAUCAAUUGAUUAUGUUGCAAGUACUGCUAGUAUAUUUAAUCUUGUUCUUCUCAGUCUCGAUCGUUAUUGGGCAGUUGUAUAUCCUUUACGUUAUUUACAAAAACGUACUCGUCGACGAGCAACAAUAUUUAUACUUAUUGUAUGGUUUAUAUCAUUCUUAUGGGCGCCAGCAAUUAUAUUCUGGUCAUAUAUUGCUCCUAAACAUAGUGAUAUUAUAAAACCCAAUGAAUGUGAUACAUCAUUUCGUUCGAAUAAAACAUUUAAAACAUUAACCGCAUUAGUUAAUUUUUAUUUUCCGUUAUUAACUAUGAUUCUUAUAUCAUGUCGAAUAAUGGUUGCUAUACGUUCACGUUCGAAAAUGGAACUUGGUCGACGUUUAUCAUCAGCAACACAAAGACAAAUGAAAUAUGAUCAUGCACAUACAAAUUCAUCAACACGUAAUGAAAAUGAAACUAAUCAUGUAAAAACGGAAUAUACUGAUGAACAAACAUUAUCACCAGCUAUUGUUCCUAAUCCAUUGGAUUUAUCUAUUUCAAAUAGUAAUACUAAUAAUAUAAUACCUCUUAUUGAACCUGGUCAAUGUUUUUGCUCAACAUGUCAAAAUUUUAAUGGUAGUGAUACGGAAAGUCUUUGGGAACGACAACGAAAACCAUUAAAAAGAUCUUCGUCAUCAUCACAAGAACGCUAUUCAUAUACUCAAAUAAAACCUCGAUCAAUGAUAUUUACAUCAAUAGCAGAUUCAAAAGAUGAAAGUAAAUAUAAAAAUCAUGUUUCAUCUAGCAAAACAUUUGAUUAUGCAAAUACAAUAAAAAAUCUUGUCAAUGUAUCAAAUAAGAAGAAAUGUUUAAUAAAAAUUAAUUCAAGUGAACAAUCAGAAAAGAAAUUACCACACAUUAAAAAGAAGAAAUCCUUAGAAAGAACAUUAUCAAUAUCAUCAAAUAGUUCUUCCGAUGCAUAUGCAGAAACAAUGUUCAUGAAUCGAAAAGAAACGCAACAUGAAUUAAAAAACAUUACUAGACAACGAUCAUCAAUAUUCAAUCAUUCACCACCAACAAAUCCCCAUCUAAAAGUACCAACACCACAAGCAAAACAUUCAAUAACGACAGUAACUAGUGAACCAUCAGCAAAUCGAAAAACGAAAAUGAAUUUUUUUAAUACACUUAUUAAUCCAAGUCGUUCAAGUUCAUUACAAAAAGAACUUAAAGCAGCAAGACAAUUAGGAAUGCUUGUUGGUGUAUUUACUAUAACAUGGUUACCAUAUUUUAUCUUAUUUUUAGUUGUUGCUUGGUGUAAUGAUUGUAUAUCUGAUACAGUUUUUACAGCAUCUAUAUGGCUUGGUUAUAUUAAUUCUACAAUCAAUCCAUUAAUUUAUCCAUUAUGUAAUAUACAUUUUCGUCGUGCUUUUCAAAAAAUUUGUUAUUGUCAACAUGCAAAAACAAAACUACCUAAUUUAAAUGCCUUACGUGAACUUCAUGCACUACAUGCAAUGAGUCGACGACGAUAA